AUUCCAUUUAUUCAUUGAGAAAACUUAAGUCAAGAAAGAAAGUUAUUCAGACUAAUAUUGGUCAUGCAAAGAAAUCCCAGCAACUUUUGAUUAAAAGAAACUCUAGAGUAAAGAACCAUAAUACUAGAUUUUCAAAACCCUUGAAGUUUCAAAAACAAGAUAAUCGUGAAGUAGAAGCUCAGAAUGCACUCAUAGAAUCUUCACCACGAAGUCGGAGGUGUAUCAGGCUUCCAGCUCGUUACCUUGAUUCUGCUCUGCUAGUUGCAAAUAGUGGACCAUGGGUUGCUCCUGCAAUUUCACAUUCUCCUAGUAAAAAUCAAAGAAAAAGAUCUAUUAAAAGGGGAUUUGAACAGGAUGAAUUCAAUCAAGAGAAAGUCACUUGUAAGCUAGCACCAUCACCACAUUCACCAUUGUAAAUAAACUUAAUAUAAAAAAAAGUAGAAGUGCUAAUCAUGGUGAAGAUUUUGGUACACUUAAGUCAGAUGUAAAUAUUAUUGAAGGCCAUCAGACUGAUGAAAAUAUGUUUGUCCAAAAUCAAUCACUGUCAGACAGAAAAAGAGCUGAGAAAUGCUCUAACACAAAGACUUCAAUGUUAGAUUCUGUUAGCAAGGAAUUGGGUUCUUUCAGUUGUGUCUCUUCUAGUAUUAUUACUGUUGAUUCUGUAGUGAAAAAUGUGAGAAAUAUUAAACAAGGUACAGAAAUGGAUAAAUUGAAAAAUCAGUUUUCUGUUAAGUUAAAAAAUAAAGAACCUCAAGAAGGUAUUAAGAUGGAAAGGAUCAAUGAAGGCAUAAAAGAAGCUGUUGAAGAACAAUCCACAAUUACAAAAAAAGUUGAUUGUUCCAUAAUCACAAAUCAAGUUAAUUAUCCAGAGAAAAUCAAGUUUUGUUUGCCAGAUAAGGUUAUUAAUGGAGUAAAUGUUGCAUCAGAACUUUCUUUGCUUGGAUCAAGUAGUGAAACAAAAAAGGUUUGUGAUAAUAAUGUAUGUGGUACAAGGAGAAGAGAUUCGUUAAACAAAUCGGAAAUUCCAUCAAUUGAUCAAAAUAAAAAAUCACCAGGAGAUCAUAAAUCUAAAACUAGUAAUGAACAGAUAAUUAACUCCGAAAUAAAAAUACCAAGUAAAAAUGCUGAAACUCACCAAAAACCAUCCAUAGCCCAGUCUUUGCAGCAGGGAAAACCUAUGACAUUAAAUGUUGUGGUAGGAAAUAGAACUGUGUCAAUGGUUGUGUUUCCUACAAACUCCUUGGUUUUCCAACAAGCUGGAAAACCUGAAAGCUUGUCUGUUUCACCUUCAAGAAUAAUGCUGACUCCUGGAAGUAAUCACCCUAAUCCUACCAGAUUCCCAGCUACUCAGAACAUCCAAGGAAAUAAUGGAUCCUUCACUGUGCCUUUACUUACUCGAACUGUUACACUUUGUAGUAAAACUUCCAACCAGUUAACAGAUUCACUUGUACCUUCAUCUGGAGCUCAUUCAGUUGUUUUAAACCAAAAGUCUAAUAUUUUGCAAGGAGUAACAGAUGCUAAACUUAAUCUUUCAAAAUUCAGUGUAACAACUUCUGCUCAGGUCAAGCAGACAGUUUCAUCACCCAAAGUUAUACAUUCUGUAACAACACCUUUAACCUUUUUAGACAGUAGUCUUCAGCAAAAUCAGAUAAAUGUUUCCAAUACAUUAAAAAACUUAUCAGAAAAUCCUUUUGAGAAACUUUCUGUAGAAUCUAGAACUCCUACAGUUUCUCAGUGUGUUUCACAGGCCACAAACAAUAUUAGAUUUGCCUCAACUAACUCUUCUACAGUAAGAGUAACAAGCCCAUUGCCAAAGCAGCUGGUAAAAGUGGUCUCUAAUUCAAAAUGUAAAAUGUCUGUAAAUCCUGAACUAGAAGUGAAAACCACAAACAUUUCACCUGUGAUUAGACCAAAUCUUUCAUCUGUAUCUUCAGUAAAUAAAAAUGUAGUUCAUGUUUCCUCUCCAGUCAUGUUGAAGAUUGCAGGGUCCUUUGUUUUGGCCUAUCCCAUUAAAGGUCCAGCUUCAGCCAGUGUAUCCCUUGCUUCAACAGAUAAUGCUCCUGUAACAACAGUUGUAGGAGUGGCUUCAAAAGGACAAGUUGAAAAGAAUUCUUCUCAGGUUUCUCCAUCUUUUCCUGUUGCAAAUGGUGUAAAAAAAGAUGAUUCUAAGCAUCAUUAUCCUUCAACUUCUGAUAAAAAUAUUGGAAAAAAGAAAAACUAUACACACACUUCUCUAGUAUCAAGCCAUGGUGGUAGUUUAUUGAAAAGAAGUCUCUCGGGCACAAACAAUGUUCCAAAAAAUAUUAAUAGUUUGAAUAGAAUUGACUUUGAACAAAAAAAAUCCAUACCCCUGUUAGAAAAUUCCCCCAGUCUACUAGAAAAACUCAACCCAUCUCUUGAGGGUUGUAAUACCUCAAAUGAUACUGAGAUAAAAAUAAGCAAUGAAUUAGGUAACCAAACCAGAAAGUUAAAUAAUUUAAAUGAGGACACUUGCCAACAAAAAAAAGAACCAAGUUCUGUUUUUGGUACGUGUAAAACAACAAACAUGAACAGUAAUGAAAAUCAUAGAAAAAAAGUUUUUGAAAACAGUGGAGAAGUUGUGAUAAUGGAGCAUAUUAAACAUUCUACAGAUCCUACAAGAAAGAAAAUCUUGGGGAAAAAGAACCUGAAAGAAGGGCAUUUCUGCUUUGAAUAUCAAAGUAAAACAAGCAGAAGUGAUUCUUUGGAUCAUUCUUAUGUAGUUAGUGAAGAACCUGAACCUGUUGUAGGUGAAGAUACAGUUGAUGUUAAUCACAACUUUUCUGAUCAGCCCCAUAAUACUUUUGAAAAAGAUCUUGAUGAAUCCGAGUCAUUAAUGGAAUCGUAUUCUCUUCAAGAUGUGGAACAGAUUCCUUUAGAAAAUUGCACAAGUAAUAACUGGAUAAAAUCAAAGUUGACAUUAAAGGAGCAGAGAAGUGAUGAUGCUUCACAGAGUGCUAGUGAAAAGGAUGCAGAAGAUUUCCCCAAUUAUAGAACUUUACAGGAGAGAGAACGUAGAAAGCAACUAAGCCACUUGUGUACCAUCUUGAAGGCUCAUUUUCCAGAAGCUUUCCAGAAAUCGAAUUUUACAAGAAAUGAAGUGCUCCAUCUUGCCACACAAUAUGUUGGAGUUUUGGAGAAAUAUGGAAAUAAUCUUUCUGCGGUAAAAUCUAAGCUUAUGAAAGAUCGGGAUAUUUUACUCUCUAGGUUUUGGAAUCUCGUUAAAGACCUGCCUCCUAGCCAGAGGAAAUCUAUAGUUCGGUGUGUAACUGAAAAGGUUCAGAAAGCUCGGGAAGAAGCAGGACUCAAAGACACAAGAGUAAUUGGUGGAAAAUUCAAACUCAGUCAGCCUUAUCUUCAUUCAAAAUGCAAUACAGGUCAAUCUUUUGAACCCAGUUAUGCUGCAGAGUACAAUUCAUUAAAAGAUAGUGUCAUAGAUGAUGAUUGUGAAGAACUGGAAGAAGAAACAAGGUCAAGAGAAGACAACUAUGUACCAUCCCAGAAUGCACAAUUGAAUCUCAUUAACAUCACAGAAAAAAACUGUGAUUUCUUAAGUACCAUGGAACCGAUGACCAGCACACAGGAGACUGUAAGAUUGGGUGUACCAUCUGUCUCAGGAAUAUCAACAGUCUUACCAGGUUCCCAGCCUUAUACUGGUAUAUACCAGCUCUCAAACCCUGAUGGUAUCUCAGUAACAUCAGUAAAUGAAUCUUCACAUUGUAAAGCUGCAGGAAACAUUGGUAAGAUAGUUCUUCGGUUUACACAAGAAAAAGGAUCUGAUGGAACUGGACCAUCUUCUGCAAAGGUAGACCUGAACAAAGUAGCAGAAGCUGCUAAGAAACUUAUUGGACCCUGUGUCAUUCGUCGUGUGAAACUCAAAGAUGGUAAAACAGUGUAUGCAUAUCGUCCACAUACAAAUAGUGAAAGCAGUAUGUACUCUUUUCCCAAUGUUAAAGGCAUUUCUGAAGAAGGUUCAACUAUACAAGGCUGGAGUGCAACACAGCCAUCACCAUUAAAAACUGGGAGUCCUCUUGUCCAUCACAAAAGUUCCACAUCUUCACAGGUGUUUGAGAUCCCUCUUUCGGAAGUUCUGUGCAAUGAAAAGAAAACUUCUGUUCCGAUACCUGGAGAAAAUAAGGAUCUUGCUUCCCCUGAUAUUCACUCAAAGUUUAAUGACCCGGAUUAUGAUAAGACAUCAGUGCUUAUAUCUGAAGAAGGAGAAAUGUGCUUUGUAACAAAAUUACUUCCAGAGGAUGAAUUGGAACAUGCUGAAGAUGACCUAGAAAUUUCUGCAGCUCAACAUACCAAAAACAGAGAAGACAAAUGUUGUAAAGUAACAAAUUUUAGUGGAAUUUGUAAAGACAGAGAGCCAAAACAUGGGAAUAACCUGACAGAUAUUUCUUUGUAUAAAAGUACUUAUCCCAAGAAUUCAGUGACAGAUGGUGAUUAUACCUUAAGAAGCGAGGCAACUCCUGCCAGAAAUGAAGCAUUGCCAACAAUUGUUCAUCUUGAAACAGAAAGUAUGGAUGAUGUGUGUGUUGAUCAGCAGAGUAAUGAAAACAUUUCUGCUGUUUCUAGCCUUGAAAAGGAAAGAGUUAAUUCUUCUUUUGAAGUCUCAAAUAUUAUCCAUGAGCAAAAGGAACUAAUAAUCAGCAGUGAAGAAAAAAACUUAAACAUAAAAGAAGACCUUAGACAUAAAGAAAUUGAAGUUAUUGAUAUCAGUGAAGAGUCAAAGGUUGCUGAUCAUGAAAGUAAAAAUUGUAAUCAUAAUGACAACCUUCCAACAGAUGCUAAUAUGGAAAGUAAUGCAAUUUGCAUAGUGCAAAGUAAACACGAUAAAGAAUUCAAAUCUGAAGGCCUGCCAGCAAUCAUCAGUUGUUCAUCUAUAAGUGAACAAGAAUUUCAACUGACUUUGGGUGAAGGUAUGUCUGUGUCAUGAUUUAUUUUUCCCAAAGAAAUAAUUUUGUGUGUCUCGGUUGAAGAAUCCGUGAAAAGUGCACUAACACUGGGGGAAAGAAUUGCUCAUCAUAAGAUGAUCAUUACAUGCCAAUAUAUAUAUAUAUAAUAUGAUAUAUAUAUAUACACACACAUACACACACACAUCAUUGUCAUUAAGGAGUUAGCAUGUUAAUCUAGUAACCUUGUAAAGUUUCUUGUCCUUGGUGACAUGUACAAAUUUGUUAUGUUUUACAAAUUAGCUAAUUCUUGAACAUAUUGACAAAAAUUAUGAAUCAUCCAUUUGUAGUUUUUUUCUCGAAGAUUCUUUGAAACUAAAUUUUUAUAGAAUAAUUCCUCAUGGUUUUUUGAAGUUGUGUAUAUCUAGCAUUGAGUGAGUGUGACUUUCUUGCGUGAUAUUGCCAGUUAGUAGAUGCUAAUAAUGUCAACAACUUGCACAGAUUUGUCAGUUUAUUGCGGUGGUUGACUACGUUUCAUGUAAUAUAUGUGUUGACCUGACUGUACAGUUUAUCCUCAUCAAGAAAAUGGACUUUCCUUUUGAAAGUAAAUUUUGAAAUAAUGAUAUGUUUAUAUCAAACAGCAUGUACGAUCUUAAGAACGAAAAAAUUAGUAUAUGUACGUAGCUCAACUUUGUCAUCUUUUAUGCUGCUUAAUAUGAUUUUGAAAUGAAUUAAAUGUGGAUAGAAAAAUGGUUUUAAUUAAAACAGUAACUUUAUGGUAUUUUCAGACAUGUAACUUACUGAUUUUUGUUUGUCAAGUAAAUUAUCUUGUAUCUAAUAUCUGGAUAUUUUACAGAAAGUCUGUGUAUUUGUAUAAACAGUUAUGUUAGUAAAUAUUUGUAAGCCCCUUUUUUAAUAUGUGUGUGUAAAAUGGAAAACCAUUGGAUGUUAAAAGCCAUCAAGUACAAUGUAAACUUUCCAAAUGUUUCCAAACAAAUACUUUUUCUAAUUAGUUUAUCAUUUGCCAGACAUGGAUGAGAUCUAGUGUCACAUGGUAUUCAUGGGGAGAAAACACCAUAGUGAUCAACUUUUUAAGUCUUCUGAUUACCAUAGUUGUUUGUUAUUGUAGUAAGUUCAUGGUUAAAACAAAAUUAGCUAUUGUCUGAAGUGAAAUGGUAUGGAAAUUCCACACACACACACACUUAAAUUCAGUUACUUUGGUGAAUGUUACUGAAAUCUAUGUGAGGUGUAUUAAUCUGUAUUCAUGCUUUUGAAUUCCUGGAAAAAUAUAUAUAAAUGCAAUAUACACUAUAAUGAUUUGAAUAGUUUGGCUGAAACAUUUAAUUAAAGAAAAGUUAUUAAUGCUGGUGACUCAAAAUUAUAACUUUUUAUGUGUAAUUUGUAUCAGGUAAUUAUUAUGAGAAAGUAACACUACUGUGGGGAUAACAUUUUAUAGAGAUUACAAUAGUUUGUGUGAUGGGUGUUUGAUUUUCUCAUAUUGUUAAAAUGUCUAAUGUAAAGCAUAAUACUUAUCCAAAGUGGAUUUUAAUUUACCCUACACUUGUAUUAAAGACAAUAGUAGUUUCAUGUGUGUAAAUAGGUGAAAGGAAAGAUGUUAAGUGUGUCGAUAUAGGAAAUUAUAUAUGUCAGUGGAAAUUGCUUGGUACUUAAAAAUGUUAUUUCUCUGUAUUAAAGUAUAUAUUUUUUCUUGUUUAGGCAAGCAGUAAUGAAAAUGCUUUAAUUAGAAUGGUGUUAAAAAUUUCUUAGUUGUUCUUGUGUUAAAAAUAAAUUUUAGAUUAAGUUACUAAAUUUGUUAAAGUUAUUAAACCUGUAUCUGUGUUUAAGUAAAACAUGGCAAUUCUCAAAUUGUUGCCAUCUUAGCUCAUUGUUUCUUGGAUAAAGUUUUUUAUGAAUAGCAAUCAGGACUAUGAAUAUUUUGUGUGUUUCAGUGUUCAUAAUAUGUGCUUUCAGAACAAUUUUAAAGAAAUAUACAAUCAGGUAAGCUGAUUUGCAUGUAGUGUAAUGCUUUUUUCAAAUAUGUUAAAAAAUGAAGUAAGUGGACUUUAGUUUGAUUUCGAGAAAUAUACAAAAAAUCAUGCAUUGGCUUAGUUGUUGAUGGGGAGUAAACUAUAAAAUAUUUCUUGCAGCAAUUCAGUUAUAACAGUUAACUUGUGAGGUGUUACUUAUUUAAUACUUAACAUUUCAUAUAUAUAUAUAUAUAUAUAACCAAAACACCAAUAUGAUACACUUCGUGUACUAUAUGGAAUACUUCAGAAUUACAAAAGUAUUCAGUGAAUGCAGUUUUUUUUUAAGGAAUGCAUCAUUAAGACAAGUUUAAAAAAACCUCAGUGGGAGAAGAAAUUAUAAAAUAAUAGCACUUCAAAAACUUUUACAUGCAUAUGACCAAAUAUUCUCUACAAGUAAUGAAACUUUAAUGAAAGACAAAAAUCUUAAAAGAGUAUUCAUGAUUAUGUGUUAUUUAACAUGAUAAUUAUCUUUAGAUGUACUGAAGAGUGUUACAUUUAAUAGUUACUUACAUCAGCAAGGUAGGAAAAAUUUAAAUAAUUUGCUGUUAAUUCUAGUUUAAAACAUUUUUUUUUAUUCUUUACCACUAACAUGAGAAAUUUGUGUAUUUUUCUUUCAUGGAACUUGAGUAUAUACAUAUAUAUAAAUAGCAGAAGAAACUUAUGUAGCUACCAUUGUGUUCUAUACAGAAUGGGUUACAACUGUUAAGUGUUUUUGUCAUUUUAGAUAUUAUGCAGUGAAUUAGGAAAAUAAGUCUUUCAUGGUCAUUACAUUUCAUGACAACUUGUAAAUAGCUUCAAAUCAGUUUGUUUUUUGUUUUUUUUUUGUGAAGAUUUUUUGUAGUUUUAAGUUGUUGAUGUCUACCUCAGUGUUGUGUUUUUCUUGUUCUUGUGCAUAUCUAUUUCAUCAUUGUAAAUUCAGAAUUGUAAGUUAUGUACCAAAAGUACCCUAAAACAAAAGAAGAAAUCAGAGCCUAUAAGCCGUCCAAAACGGGUAUUACAGUUCAUUAAAAAAAAUAUGAAAAACAAUAUUUAUUAUUUGAACACUGUAAUUUCUGUACUUUAUAGGAAAAUGUUUGACCACUAAAAAAGUUAAAUACUAUGAUUCUGCUGUAUGCUCAUUUAAAAAGCAAUUUUCUGUAAGUCAGUUUGUGUCCAUCAAUUUCCCUCACUCUCUAGAUUUAUAAUAUGCUGUUUGGAAAAAUCUCUGCUUUGUUUUUGUAACAAUAGGUUGCAUUCUGAAAAAAACAAAACAAAAAAAAACAGUUUCACAGUGAAUUUGUUGUUGUUGUUGUUGUUUUAAGAACAGAGUAGUUAAUGAAUACUGUACUUUAAGAACAAUUCAAAGUACAGUUCAGGUUUUAAUCAUCCCUAAGAAAAUUAAUGAAAUUGCUAGGUAAAAAAAGCAUAUGUAUGUUAUCACAAUAAAUACUCACAGUUACUAUGGUUUCUUAUGGCUGAAUUCAGAUAAAAUAUUUGGUCUGUUUUCAAACUUGUAAUAUCUGGUAUUUUGAUUUUGAGUCUUAUUUUGAAUUAAAAUUUUCAUCUGUAGACUGUAAGUUGAUAAUAUAAGUACAACAUUCAAAUAUUUUGUCAUAAAAGUAUGGGUUUGUGACAAUAAGGUGUGCCAAGGUUGGUUUAUAAAAGUGGAAGGAUUUUAAUGUGAUCCUUCAAAGAAAUUCUGGACUAUUUUAAUUUCUUCUUUGGUUUACAAGUAAUCUAUCAUUGGUCAAUCAGAUGGAUUGUAAUGGAAGUAGUUUCUUAACUAAAAACAUUUUCAUCUUCUAAGUUAUGUACCAUAUCCAUAAUCACAAAAAAAAAGUUAUGUAAAACAUAUGAAAGAAGAAGAAAAACUUACAAGAACUCGUGAGUAAUUGUACUCCAGCUUACAGUGUCUGAAAUAUAAUGUAGAGCUCAUGUAAAGCUAGAUAAUAAGGCAAGUUUCCUUAUUCUUUGAUAAGUAAUUAGUUAUGCAGAAAAACAUCAGGUGAACAAAUACUUGUCUGGCAAGAUAGAGAAACUAGUUACAACCAGAAUUAUUGAAUUUGUAUUGUAGGUUUUAUAGCAGUUGGUAAAGGCAAUAGUAUCCACAUACAAUUUAUGUAUGCUAUCUUCCACACAAUGGAACAUUUUAAAGCAUCCUGUAGCAAGGUUAUGAGACUCAAGUAAUGUUAGCUGACUAGUUCAUGAUUUAUAUUAUUCUGUGCUAUUUUGAAAUACUUGAAAAUAAUAUACAGUUAAAACUGAAGCAAUUUUCUGAUCAUAGUGACACAUGAAUAUAUAUAUGAAAAGGUGCAAUAUUGUAUACAUUAACUUUUAAGUACAGAAUGACAAAUCUUUAAAUGCUGUAUCUGCUUGGUUUAGGAAUUUAUAGUUUUUGUUGGUGAUUUGCAAAUGAAUAAAGUGAUAUGAUUAUAUUGAUUCACUGUUUUCAGGUAAUUUAGGUAAACUGAAGAGCAAAAAUAGUCGUAUUUGUGUGCUAUAUUUUAAAUAUGGUACUGUGUACCUAUUUUUUAAGCAUCAUAAAUUUUUGUCUUGAUUUCUGUUUUUUUCCUCAUGACUAGUUGUACUUCAGUUUACAGAGGUGAUAUUAUAGAAAUGUGGAUAAUAGACGCUUGCAAUAUUUAUGCUUAUAUUCUGUUUUCAAAGAAAAGUUUACUGAAUCCAUUCAUGAUCUAAAUAUUUGUAUGAUGUUUUGUACAAAUUGCUUCUGUUUCUUUGGACUUCGAAGAUUGGUGAAGUAUAUAUAUAGAAAAGUAUAUCUGCACAUCUGUUCUUGUUAUGUGAACACAACUUUUUUUUUGUUAAAAAGUAAAUCAGUUGUGAGAUUUACUCCUGGUAUUGAGCAACCACAGUUCAUUACUUUUGUCGAAAAACUCGAAGUUAUUUUUAUAUCUAGUUGAUAAAAUAGGUCUGAAACAAAAUUUUGAGACGUUCAUAAUUGGUACUCAGGAACUGAAAAUGUCAGAAGCUGUUCAAGAGAGACUUUGUGUAUAGAUGUGUGGUUUUUACCCCAAAAGCAAACCAGUGUAUAUAUAGACGUGUUGGGCAUACACAAUGUUUUGUCUGAAAUCCUGUCUUUGUAAUUAUAUUUCGUGUCAUUAGUAAGAUUUUUUUAGAAAUAAAGAAUUCAGCAACGUUGA